GUGCACCUGACCGCCUGCAGUGAGCGAAAUCCUCCCUGCAAAAUAAAUCGUCAGCUCUCUUUCACUCCUCCAAACAAUACACGAACAACGUCGGGUGCAGUGAAACAGGGACAGUACCUCUCUAGCAGCCUCCUGGCCGACCAGACCACAUGCUGACUGUUUAGCAUUCCCGGCCUCGUCUAGCCCGAGUCCUUUAACGUGACUGUGAGUGGCGAUCCGCUGAGUCUUCGUGGUGCUUUUCACCUCUUCGAUCUUCAUAGUUACUGUUACUUUAUAAAUAUGUGAUGUAAAAUAUUGUAAGUCAGGUUUACGAUGGAGAAAAUACCUCCUGUGCCUCCGUUAAUUUUUCACCCGCCAGAAUCGGCGCCGAAACUCAAAACACAGGGAAAUCGGUUUCCAUGUGGGUUACUAGGGAAAAUCAGCGGAAGUGAUACCUCGAAGGACCGUUCCUAUAACUACUCCUAUUGGAUCCUGUCGCCUGAUGCAGCACAUUCAUUGGGUGAAGUCUAUGUCAAUCAUUUCCCCCCACAAAAGCCCCGCCCAGGACAGUUUUCAUUUCCGUUUGUGUUUCCGUGUUUUUUGUCGUAGUGGAAACAGCAAACAAACUGGUCAAAGUGUAAAUAAGAGACUAUAAAUAAAUGUAGAACUAAACCGAUACAGGUUCUCAUCUCCCCAUCGAAAUUUUAUAGUUAACGUUAAGUUUUAAUCAAACAGCCAUUAUGUCAUGUCAGUUCUCCUCUUUUUACUUUUGUUUGUCACUGUACAAACGUUCCGCUUUAGCAUGUUGUCCCGAGGAGUGCACUGACAGCGAGGAAGACGUUUCUCUCAACUGCUGAAGUAACUUUGAAGUCCUACUUUUAGCCAUCUGUGUUUUGAAAGCCGCAAACGAAUUAAAAACAACUUGUUUUUUAAGGUGUUUCGGUAUUAGUCACAAGGACAGCGAAUACUGCCGUUUUAACGUUUCCGUUGGAGCCGAGUUCAACGUCCAACUCUUGAGUAUAGAAAACACGCACGUUGUUGUUUACCAAUACAGCAAACUGGUGUCAAAAUGUCAGAGUCUGCUGACAGUUGCACCAAUACGUUAAAUUUCAACAUCGGGGUGCUCGGACAUGUCGACAGCGGGAAGACGUCGCUCUCCAGGGCGCUGAGCAGCACCGCCUCCACGGCUGCUUUCGACAAGAACCCGCAGUCCCGCGAGAGAGGCAUCACGCUGGACCUCGGCUUCUCCUCCUUCACGGUGGACCUUCCUGAUCACCUGCGGGACAGCGGAGGCCAGCAGCAGUACGGCAGCCUGCAGUUCACCCUGGUGGACUGUCCGGGUCACGCCUCUCUUAUUCGCACUAUCAUUGGGGGUGCCCAAAUUAUUGACCUGAUGAUGCUGGUGGUGGAUGUGGUGAAAGGGGUGCAGACUCAGACUGCAGAGUGUCUGCUGAUAGGAGAGCUGACCUGCCCUCGCAUGGUGGUCAUCCUGAACAAAGUUGACCUACUGCCACCCAACAAAAGACAGAGUGCCAUUGAGAAAAUGACCAAGAGACUGCACAAAACUCUGGAGAGCACCAGAUUUAAGGAAUGUCCAGUGAUUGCUGUGGCAGCGAAGCCCGGGGGCCCGGAGGCUCCUGACACAGAGGAGCCACAUGGAGUGCCAGAGUUAAUAGAGCUUUUGAAGAAGGAGACAUACCUCCCUCAGAGAGAGCCUGGAGGCGACCUCCUGAUGGCUGUGGACCAUUGCUUCUCCAUCCGUGGUCAGGGAACAGUCAUGACUGGAACCAUCCUGCAGGGGUCGCUGGCCAUCAAUGACACUGUGGAAAUCCCGGCACUAAAGGUGACCAAGAAGAUAAAGUCGGUGCAGAUGUUUCGGAAGCCAGUGUCGGGGGCCAUGCAGGGGGAUCGUGUGGGUGUGUGCGUGACACAGUUUGACCCUAAACUGCUAGAGCGGGGUGUGGUGUGCACCCCAGGGUCCCUGCGCACCCUCUAUGCAGCAGUCAUCUCUGUGAGGAAGAUAGGCUACUUCAAGGGCUCUCUUGCCACCCGUGCCAAGUUCCACAUCACAGUGGGCCAUGAGACCGUCAUGGCGAGGGUUAUGUUCUUUGGCCUGCCACCUGUGGAUCACUCAGAGCCUCCCUCAGACACUCAACCACCUCCACCUCAGCCCCGCUCACUGGAUUCACCCUUCACCUUCGAGAGAGAGUACGUCUACCAGGAUGAAUAUGUCACCGGUCAGGGAGAGGCGAGUCUAGGACCUGAGCCAGAACAAUGGGCCUUGUUGGAGUUUGAGCGGCCAGUCACAUGCCCCUCACUCUGCCUGGUGAUUGGUUCCAAGCUGGACACAGACAUCCACGCCAAUGCAUGCCGGUUGGCUUUCCAGGGCCGUCUGCUCCAGGGGUUUGAAGAUAAAGGCUACGCUGAGACUGGCCUGCCUCGCCUGCGCAUCUACAAGACCAAACACAAGGAGGGUCAGGUGGAAAGGGUGACUGACGAUUACACUGUGAUUGGCCGCAACAUGUUCAAGAAGGAGACCAGCCUGCAGCUCUUUCUGGGGUUGAAGGUCACACUGUCGACAGGCGAGACUGGCAUUGUGGAGGGUGGGUUUGGACAGAGCGGCAAGUUCAAGAUCCGAUUACAAGAGGGUCUUUGCCCUGAAACCAAGCAGUUGUUGUCCUCCACCUCUAAGAAGAAAGGGAAGGGUGGAAGCAAAGGUGGACCAACCAAUGAAGAGGAGCCCAAAACAGAUUCUCAGCCUGUUUGCAUCCACUUGCAUUUCAAGCAGUUCGUCUUUGAUCCCCAUAAAAAGAUGGUACAGUCUUGACCUUUGCUGCACUCACUUCAGCCUGACAUCGAGGAGUCACAGUGCUUCAGACAGGCAGAGGGCCGUUUCAGAGAUCAUGUGGAGGUGAGGGGAAUACUGGCCUCUGUAUCAGAGGUAUGAUCUUGUUCUACUAUCAGCCUCUGACGGAGACAGUCUGCUACAAUGCAAUGAUUGUGGAAUGCCGAACGCGUGUGAAACAACCCUUUUUCUUUUAAAAUCUUCCUUUAUGGAGAUAAUCCAGUUUGCUCCAUCACAAGCUCUUCCAUCCUGAUACAUUUGAGUUGUCUUAAAACAAAUCAGUAUCUUUAUUCUUUGUUGUGAGUCAGAAUCAAUUCUUUUGACUUGCAACUUUUUUCUGCAUGUUUCUAAUUCAGCUGAGCCCUGAUUGGCACAAACACAUCGGCUAGUGUUACAGGAACUCUGAACUCACAGAUUUCAACAGAUCUCUGCGUUCACUGUCUGCGCCUGGCUCUCUCGCUGGGAUAACGGUCAUGUUAUGUUUCAGGCUUAUCUGUAUGAUUUCAAAAUGAUUUGUCCAUAUUUCUAUAUUUGUUCUUUUUCAUUUCAUUUUACUUUCGUGGUGUUUUGUAGAGCUGCAGUUUACACAGAACAGCAGUUAUUCCAGAGGUUGCUUGAAUUGAAUUGAAUCCUGAUCUUUUCAGAAUGAUGAAUAAAGCAAACCAAUGCUGAAACUUUAUUUCUGACUGUUAUUUUCUCUGUGAUCAUUGGUACUGCCCUUGAUGUAUACAAUAGGGAUAUAAUAGCAACAGAUAUAAUGGCUGUGUCCCAAACUCUAUUUACAGAACAAGCUGAAUUCAUCAGUAAUUAUGAACAAUAUAAAGCACUCUCCAUGCUAGCUGCACUUUGUAUGUGCAUGUGUACAACGGUCUACUGUGUCCACAUAUUUUAUUUGCAAUUCCUACGGGCUAAAUACAUACUGAACUAUAAA